CGCACACUCACAUCCCCAUCCCCACACCCACCCACACACUCACACGCCACUCUCACAUCCACCCACCCACACACUCACACGCCACUCUCACAUCCACCCACCCACACAUACACACCCGACACCCACACACUGACACCCCACAGCACCCUCAAUGAAAAAAAAACAGUAUAUGUAUAGAUUUCAUGAGAAUUGUUCACUUCUAAUAUAAAUAAUAACUAAAUUUGCACAUAGAGUAUUCGAUAGAACUUCUAACAUUCCAUCGAUUUAACUGUGUUACAUUAGUGGCCCAAGAACUACAAUAAAUCAUCGAAGGUGACACGAUGUGCAUCCAGUUAGUUAGUUUUGCGGAAACUUUCAUAACCAAAACUCGAUGCUUUUUCGAGUUGAUCAUCUAUCGAUCGAUUGAGGUCGUUGAGUCACAUCGAAUGAUAUAAGAUUCAGACGUGGCUCAGCUCACGGAGCGAAUCGUCAGAGGAAGUCCCAGUCCAAAGAGUCCUAUAGGUCUUCCGGAGAUUCUGCUGAAUACAAUUAUAUUCUUAUUAAAGUGAAACAUACACCAAUGGAUAGAGCUCGUUGAGCUGCUUCGAACAAGAUAAUAUCCAGAUGUGGAGCAGUUUGUGGAGCGAAUCUUCGGACGAUAUCCGCGCCGAAAGCCUGGCUACUGAUCUUCCAAGGGUCCUAACCCCCAAAAUUUUAUUUUUCGGAAGGUGAACCAUAGAUCAAUCGAUAGAGCUCGUUGAGAUCAAUCGAAUGAGAUAAGAUGCAGAUGUGGGUGAGUUCCUGGAGCAAAUCUUCAGAAGAAAAGCGUUUUUUCGAUUUUUUUUUUCUAUAGGAAAAAAUUCAUGUGUUUGUUUUCAUUUGGGCUACCAAUCUUUCGGAAAAAAUCUGAAUAUACCAUUCCAUAGAGCUCGUCGAGCUGCUUCUGACUCAUGGUAUCUCUUGUGUGGCUCAGCGAAUGGGACGAAUCGUUUUGCGAAAAACUCGAAUCGGCUGCUAACUUCCCUUACAUCUUUUCAAUCGCGUUUCUAAAACUAGUAUUGCAGCAGGUCUCCUAAUCCUCAUUAUGCUUGCUCCAAAAGAAACGACUCUUUUCUGAAUUUUUGGCAUAUGUUCGUGUCUGCCCAUCCAUCUUGUAUUUUUCCGCGUUCGCUACAUUAAUAGAGUUUUUAUUUUUGCUCCUUGUUCGUGAUUGUUUUCUUUUUUCCCAUCAUACUAUUUUGAAAUCAGAACUGAUCUAAUUUGAAUGAUUACACUGGCUUACAUGAUGUUAAGAUUUCACAAUUACAGGAAGGUUGCCUUGCCUUGUUGCAGUCAUCAAUUCCAUUGGAAUAAUGGGCUUACACGGAUGGCGGCAGUUGCAGAAUGCCUACCAAGCAGAAUUCAGAAAUCUGUGGUCUUAUGUAUUUUUUCAAACGAGUUGAUUACCACACACUAGAAUUCUGUUUUAAUCUUCUAAUUCCUCAAUAGAAUUCUAUGUUUCACAAGACAAAUUUUACACGAGCUAGAGAUAAAAGGAUAAUACAACUCUUUUCUGGUCUGUUUAUAUUCUGCUUAGAACUCUUUAGAAUUUUGUAGAAUUUUAUGUCUUCAGAGAUAACGUAUAUAUGUGUUGCCGUUCAUUAGAUUUUAAAAUUCUGUUCUGGUGUGUUAGAAUUCUUCAUUAGAAUUUUUCUUUCCUGUUAGCCAUAUACACCUGUAAUAUGCAUCUUCGAAGCUUAUCUUCUCUUACUCGUAACAGAAUUCUGUUUAAGUUCUGCUCAUUCCAUAGGCGAACUUUUUUUUCAUGCACUUGACCUGAGUAGACCUCAAGUUUUCUCCAUAGCGCAUGAUUUUCUUGCUCAAGACAAGUGCUUGAGUGUUGCAUGAAAAUACACCUAUGAAUUUUUAUUAAAAUUGCCGUUAUUUUGAACGUAAAAUUGCAAAAGAAAAAUACAAAAAAAAUUCUUGAAUAACAGAAAUACCUGCAUAAGAAUUCAAGCGCAUGUGCAAAAAUAUCAAGCGCAUGAGCAAGAAUAUCAAGCGAUAGAACAAGAAGUUCAAGAGCUUGAUCUUGCCGAAAGAUCUCAAGUCUGGCCUCAAGAUUUGUCCAUAGCGCAUGACUUUCUUGAUCAAGAUUCUCACGUGUCUCCUGCACAGAUCAACAGCAGUUUGUCUAGGGUUUCUUUCAAUUCAUCAUAGGAAUUUUUCUUUCCUCCGAGAGAUAUAAACUUCUAGUAUGCAUACUCAAAGUUUGUCUUCUGUUACUCGUAACUGAAUUCUAUUUAAAUUCUGCUGAUAUUUUUGAAGUCUUCAUUAGAAUUUUUCUUUCCGAUUCCAGAUAUACCAUUCUAGUAUGCCUAUAGAAAGUUUAUAUUCUGUUAGCUUUAACAGAAUCCUGUUUAAAUUCUGCUGUUAUUUUUAUAUUCUUCACUAGAAUAGGAGAAUGAAAAGGAGUGCGUGUUGACCUCUGCUGAUCUUGUUUAUCUUCUGCUCUUAGAAACAGAAUUCUGUCAAAAUUUUCAUGUAAUUUUUGAAUUCUUAGUAGAAACCUGUUCUUUGAAGGAUUGAUAGAUUAGUGUGGCGCUUAGUAGUUUAUUCACUCAAGAUACUUCAUCUUAAUGAGCCAAUUCACUGUUCACCCAUCGGAUUUUUAAAUUCUGAAUUCUGCAGCCCUUCACGGAUGGUGAGACAUUCAACUUCAUAUCGAUCAUCUCAUUGUUGCUUUUCUUAAAUAAUGAAAGAUAUAUUCGUUCUAGUGCUAGGCUUUCUACUCCAAUCGAUAACAUAGUCACUGCCUACUUGAGUAUGAUUAGUGAAUCGUAUGUUUUAGUAGAAAGCUCUAAAGGUUUAUUUUAAAACUUCAAGGCUAUUGUACUCUUCUAGAAAAGUGCUCUGAGUUACCCAUAUCCGAUUUUGAAAAGUUGACAUUCAUAUGUUUGCAUUCUACCAGAAGUGCACUGCCCCCAUACACCAUCAAGAACGAGAGUACGAAAGAAAGACAUACUUUCACAAAAGAAAAAAUGAAGGUGCUCAAAGCAAGAGAUUUACAAUUAUCAAGACAAUAUAUUUUGACACAUUCUUUCUUCAAUGAGCUUGCUCGAACACACUGCUCCUCCAACUUCCUCUUGAGAUAGUUGCGUUAGAGGAUAAACGCGUUUGGACUACAACAGAUUUGGUCAAGCGUGCUACAGACAGGCUAGAGAAUCAAAGAUUCCAACAAGCAACGAAUAUACUUAUUCUUUUUCUUCUUCACAAAUACACGUUUGCUUAAUUGUACGUUGGAUACAAAGGAACUCAUCUGUAUAUUGACUACUUACAAUUGAGCCUAACACCGUACGACACAUUGCCAUUCCUCUGACUUGACAGAUCUACAUAUCUAAACUUAUAUUUCCUAACGGUAAACCUAGCCUAUAUUACAUCUCUAGAAGGCGACAGGAUUUAUCCAUAAUAAGUCCAAAGCGCACUGAAAUUUAUUCAUAAAAACACUAGAAAAAUACUAGGGAUACAGAAUCUUUCUAAUUCAAUACCAAUCACAAUACUGUUUAGCUACUACUACGACAACUACAACAACUACUACAACAACCACAAAAACAACAAUUACUACAACAACGACAACAACCACAACAACUACUACAACAGCAACAACAACCACAACAACCACAACAACCACAACAACAACCACAACAACCACAACAACAACCACAACAACUACAACAAUCACAACAACAACCACAACAACAACUACAACUACAACAACUACAACAAUCACAACAACAACCACAACAACAACUACAACUACAACAACUACCACAACAACAACAACUACAACGACAACAACUACAACUAAAACAACUACAACGACAACCACUACAACAACUACAACUACAACAACUACGACAACAACAACUACAACUACAACAACUACGACAACAACAACUACAACUACAACAACUACAACAACUACAACUACAACAACUACGACAACAACAACUACAACGACAACAACAACGACAACUACAACAACGACAACAACAACAACAACAACAACUACAACAACAACAACAACAACUACAACAACUACGACAACAACUACAACGACAACAACAACAACAACAACAACGACAACUACAACAACUACAACUACAACAACGACAACUACAACAACUACAACUACAACGACAACAACAACAACUACAACUACAACGACAACUACAACAACUACAACUACAACAACGACAACUACAACAACUACAACUACAACGACAACAACAACAACUACAACUACAACUACAACUACAACAACUACAACAACAACAAUUACUACAACUACAACUACGACAACUACAACAACAACAACGACGACAACAACCACAACGACUACUACAACACGGACAACAACAACCACAACAACUAGAACAACAACAACAACUACUACAACACGGACAACAACAACAACAACUAGAACAACUACAACAACUACCACAACU